AUGUUGGCCCAACCGGACAACCACCAGGAGAAAAAGGGCCCUGACCCCCUCAGCCCCCAUGAUACCGACCCCAUCACGUAUGCUGAAGGUCUCACAGAGAUAAGCACUCUCCAGCGAACCGAGACGAAGCGAAACAUCAAAUCUCGCCAUGCACAAAUGAUUGCUAUUGGCGGUACCAUCGGUACCGGCUUGUUCGUUGGCAUCGGCCAAGCCCUCGCAACCUCCGGGCCUGUCAGUGUUCUCCUAGCCUACUCCCUCAUAUGCGUCGUCGUGUACGGCAUGAUUACCGCAACAACUGAAGUCAGCGCCUACUUGCCAGUAGGUGGAUCGUCAAUGGCCUACUACGGCUCUCGCUUCGUCUCCAGGAGCCUUGGCUUUGCUAUGGGAUGUCUUUACUUUUACUCCUUUGGCAUUCUUGUUGCCUAUGAGAUCACUGCCGCUGCCUUGGUCAUUGAGUACUGGCCAAACGCGGUACCUAUUGCCGCGUGGAUCACCAUUAUGCUUGUUGUCAUUGUUGCGCUCAACCUAUCGCCAGUGGGAGUCUACGCCGAGACAGAAUUCUAG